AUGGGAGAAUACACCCCCGACAAUGGCUCGAUCGAGUUCCCAGACUCCAAGUCUCCCUCCCUCUACCUCACGAACCCUACUCCCGAAGAGCGGCUGGUGACAUGGAACCUCAACUCCGUGAACUGGGGAACCGCUCUGCCCCUCCCAGAUUACAUCGAGCGCGAACGAUACCUGAUGACGGUCCCUCUGGCGAAAGAUGGCGGCAUCACCCACUGGGUCCUGGUCGAACGCGGGCUCCCCCCGAACGAGCGCCCUAUCCUUGCCAGCUGCGAAUCUCUGCGGAAACCAGUACUGGUCGCCAAGGACGGAAUCAUAAAAGAGAACAUCACACAUGGAAUCGGCAGUGUGUUCAGCAACCCGCAGUUCAGAGGAAGAGGCUACGCAAGCCGCAUGCUGAAGGAACUGGCUCCUAUCUUAAAGACGUGGCAGGUCGAGUCGACGGACCACGUCCCGUUCAGUAUCCUCUACUCAGAUAUCGGCACGAAAUACUAUGCAAAGCUCGGAUGGGCUACGUAUCCCAGCACGCAUUUCUCGUUCCCGCCAGCUGCUUCCACUCGGUCGACAGGUGUAACACCGCUCACAUACCCAGACCUCCCUGCGCUCUGUGCCAAAGACGAGGAGUUUCUACGGGAAGAGCUGGCAACCUCGGCAAAGGACGGCAAGACCCACGUAUCUCUGAUCCCGAACUAUGAGUGUAUGCAGUGGCACCACAUGCGCGAGGACUUCGUCACGGGCAAGAUCUUCGGGAAGUCGCCUACUAUCAAAGGAGCUGUUUCUGGCGAGCCGGGAUCACGGGUCUGGGCUAUCUGGACCCGGGUAUUCUACGGUCCUCUCGUUCCCACGUCGGGGAACAAACUUCAUAUACUGAGGCUGGUAGUCGAGGAUGAUCGAGAUACGGAAGCCAACGCCCACCAACUGAAGGGUAUCUUGGCUUUUGCGCAAGCCGAGGCGCAAGAGUGGCAACUACCCGAGGUGGAUGUGUGGAACCCGAGCGACACGUUGAAGGCUCUGGUCAAGCGGACCGGGCUGCAAUCGACGUUUGUUGUUCGCGAUGAGGAAAGUAUUGCAAGUCUGAUGUGGUACGGCGAGGGCUCGGUUGAGGAGAUCAACUGGGUUGCGAACGAGAAGUUUGGGUGGUGUUGA